CGGUGGCGCACUCUCCUCUGUUCUCUCGCUGUCCCCAAAGAAGAAUCCAACAUGGCGGAGUAGCUACUUGCCGAUCUGCUGCAGCUUCCCACCACCACGAGCCCCCAUGGAGGACCUGACCUUUGCCCUCUCGGCCAGUUUCUCUGUGUCCAAAGAGCCCAACAGCACCGCGGCCCCUCACCCUCGGCUGGCACAGUACAAGACCAAGUACAGCGUGUUGGAGCAGAGUGAGCGGAGACGACGAUUCCUCGAGCUGCAGAAAAUUAAAAGGUUGAACUAUGUGAACCAUGCACGGCACUUGGCUGAUGGGGACUGGACCAAAGCAGAUAGCGACGGAGAAGAGCAUGUGGAGGCAGAGGAGCAGGGAGACCAGCCUCGGGACGUCCCAGAGGAGGAAGAGGUGGAGGAGGAGGGGAUGGAGUUGGAGAGGAGGAGAUUGCCCAAACACUACGCCAACCAGCUGAUGCUGUCUGAGUGGUUGGUGGACGUCCCCUCAGAUCUGGGCUGUGAUUGGCUGCUCGUGGUUUGCCCUGUGGGAAAGAGGUCGCUCAUCGUCGCCUCAAAGGGCUCGACUGCGGCCUACACUAAAAGUGGAUACUGCGUGAGCCGCUUCCCCUCGCUGCUGCCCGGUGGGAACAGGCACAACUCGGCCAUGGGAAAAGACUACACCAUCCUGGACUGCAUCUACAGUGAGGUGGACCGGACAUAUUACAUUUUGGACGUGAUGUGCUGGAGAGGACACCCCGUCUACGAGUGUCCGACCGAGUUCCGGUUUUACUGGCUCCAGUCCAAAGUCCAGGAGACCGAGGGGCUGUCGGAGAUCGCCAAACGAAACCCGUUCCGGUUCGUGAGCCUCCAAAGUACAGACUGUUCCCUUCAGUCCAUUCACAAAUCUUUGGCAGCCGACUACAACUUCACAGUGGACGGGCUGCUGUUUUACCAUAAGCAGACUCACUACACCCCCGGCAGUACUCCUCUGGUGGGCUGGCUGCGUCCGUACAUGGUCGCCGACAUCCUGGGCAUUGAAGUUCCCGUUGGACCCUUAACACAAAAGCCAGACUACGCCGGGCACCAACUGCAGCAGAUUCUGGAGCACAAGAAAUCGUCCAGCGAAGUCAGACCCAUCGAAAGCAACGGAGGCUACGAACUGGAGCAUCUGUCAACGCCAAGUCAGAACGGAAAGAACGACGACAAGUUUUUAAACCAGCGGCCAAUCAGAGAGGCACAAAUGGACAUGUAAAUGAGGGGAAAAAGACAAAAUAUAAAUUUAAAGAUCCACUGUAAAUUUUUCGGUGGGGGAUAUGUGUCACGUGCUUGUUUCCAUAGAGAUUUCAUAGCUUUUUCCUGGGAUUUUCCACAGUAUGGCAUUAAACUUAUCAUUUUACUCAAAACUAACUUAAAAAACAUGUAUUCUUGCAGUGAGCAAAGUCGCCUCUCCACAGAUCUGACCUGUUGGGAGAUGUGCAAGUUUAAUGCCAUUCUGUGGAAAAACCCAGACAAACCUAAUUAAUCUCCAUGGAGACGAGGAAGUGAAGUGAAGAAACUAGAAAAGUUACAUGGUGUAUUCAUUUCAUCACGGGUGUUUUUAUUGGUCAAAAAUAACUUGCAUCCUUACUGUGAACAGGCUCGCCUCUCCACAGAUCUGACUCAUAACAUGACGCUGCCUGCAUGUUCCACUCAUUCAGGAGCAUGUUACAUAUUUCUGAGAUGUUAGUGGCUUUAAUAACACUGGAGCUCAUAAACUGUAGUGUUCAAAUGGCUUUAGAUAAACUUUUCACACCAACUGUAAGUAAAUAUUUACCUGCUCUAGAAGGUUUAAAUUUUACCAACACAUGUGCUUCUUUUGGUUAAGAAACAUCUUCAAACAAAUUCCCAAAUUAUGGAAAGCCUAGUUUGGACAUGACAACACAAAUGGACCAUUUCACAAGUUUCAGUCCAUUUUUAUUUUACUACGGAGCCCGUCUGAUGACCUGUGUGAAAAAAAGAUACAAAAUUGUGUUCUUGAAGUAUGAGUUUGUUGUAAUCCGUUCCCAUGCUUUAGCCAAUUUAGCUGCGUUUUGAGAAUCUGACCGUCCUAAUCAGUGGUGGGAACAAAUGAGCAGUCACAUAACCCUACAACUGUUUCAUAAAAAAACUCCAACAACCACAAAACGGUGUAUUACAAAUGCACUUGGGGAGACUUGGGUGAUUUUUACAGUGUAAUGUCCACAAGUUUAGGAUUUUUAAAAUAUGUCAUGUUAAAUAAAUUGUUUUUAUGCAUGUUGUUGAGUAAAA